GAAAGCUGAUUUCCCAAAAGCAAUUGCUUUUCUAGCCUCCUCCUUCUAACCCCACCUCAGCCUAACUCUCCCCCAUCCCAUUUUGCCUUGUAGAGUAGUAGUAAAGCUGGAAUAAAAACAACUCCCACCGCUUCUUGUUAUCAGUACAAGUAGGGAUUCAUUUCUGCUCCAUUUGCAGUACAUAUAUUUCCAGCUAGCAAUCCAUUACACUUCCAUCUAUGCUAGACAACAAUACAGCCUCAAAUGGUCCAUCUUCUUCUUCUGAUGCCUUCACUUCUUCAGAUAAUAAUGGAGUUGUAAUCACCAACAAACGAAAAAGAAGACCAGCUGGUACCCCAGAUCCAGAUGCUGAGGUUGUUUCACUCUCACCCAAGACCUUGUUGGAAUCAGACAAAUACGUUUGUGAGAUCUGUAACCAAGGUUUUCAGAGGGACCAAAACUUGCAGAUGCACAGGAGGCGCCAUAAGGUGCCUUGGAAGCUGCUGAAAAGGGAAACACCAGAAGUCAAGAAAAGGGUUUUUGUGUGCCCAGAACCUUCUUGCUUGCACCAUGAUCCUUGCCAUGCCCUCGGAGAUCUUGUGGGGAUAAAGAAGCAUUUUAGGAGAAAGCAUAGCAAUAAUAAACAGUGGGUUUGUGAGAAAUGCUCCAAAGGAUACGCUGUUCAGUCGGACUAUAAAGCUCACCUUAAAACUUGUGGCACUCGAGGUCAUUCUUGUGACUGUGGGCGUGUGUUUUCCAGAGUCGAGAGUUUCAUAGAGCAUCAAGACACCUGUACCGUCCGCCCUGUCCAGCCAGACGUACAGGCAAUGCAGCCGGCUUGCUCAAGCCAUGCUGCAUCAAGCAACAGCCCAUCAAGUGAUAACAAUUUCAGCGUUGCCCCGAAGCCAAGACUGAUAAUGCCAGCACCUUCAGGUCAUCAGCCUCAGUUUGUAUGUUCAGAGGCUAACAAUUUGACAGGGAAAGUUCAGCAACAUAGUUUAGAACUUCAGCUUCUGCCAUCGUCCUACAAAGAUGAAGACAAUCAUGCCACCGACUUGAAUUUGUCGAUAGGUUCAUCGAGACAUUGUGAAAAAAAUGAACAAAAAUGUUCAAAUUUAGACGUUAGUACUAGAAGCUCUCAUGGUGGAGAAAAAUUAGUGAUGGAUGCAUCAAGGAUGAAACAAGGCGCGACCGAACAGCUGAGGGUAGCAAUGGCUGAGAAGGCUUUUGCCGAACAGGCAAGGCAACAAGCAAAGAGGCAAUUGGAAUUGGCAGAGAUGGAAUUUUCCAAUGCUAAGAGAAUUAGGCAACAGGCACAGGCUGAGCUUGAAAAGGCUCAAGUGUUGAAAGAGCAAGCUACAAAAAAGAUUAGUGAAACCAUCUCAGAAAUUACUUGUCAUGCUUGCAGGCAAAGGUUUCAAGCAACAAAUGUAACUCAUGUUUCAGCUGAUGAGACUUCUCCUGCUAUGAGUUACAUGUCUUCAGCCACAACAGAUGCUGAAGGAGAGUAACACCAUAGAAAACCAUACAGAAUAUAUGAUAUUGUCUUGGCAUUUAGCAAAUUCUGCUCUUUUCUCUCUCUCUCUCUCUCUCUCUCUCUCUCAAUCUUGGUGCAGCAUUUAAUUCACUUCUCAUGCUGCACUGUGUGCUCUUUUGUCAAUCUUACUGUGUGAAAUUUUUUUUCAUUGAGUGCAGCCAAUCGGAUAUUUUGUUUUUGUUCA